AUGGCAGCCAUUCUCACAGUCACACAGCCCACCGUUGAGCGAAUGCGAGUUGAGAUAGCCUCGACCACCUUUUCCCUCGAGUUUCUUGGGGCAUAUGUUGCAAAGGUGGGAUACGAUGACGUGGGCUCAGCAAGGAUGCCCUCGACGUUCCUGACUGCUCAUGGCACACGCCGCAAACACCGUGACACCAACAGACAGAGCGGGAUUUUGAACGCUUCGCCUCGAGUCUCGACCUUCGGGUGGUUCUUCUCCAUAUCCACUCUCCACUGCCACUACUGCCUUACCCUGCCUUGCCUCGCAGACGCAGCAGAGUUGAGGCAUCUCAUUCUUACCCUACACUACCUUUCCUUGCAUUCCCUUGCACUCCUUGCACACACCAUCCCGUGGGAAUCCGGUUUUGAGCUCUGCCUCGUCGAGUUCUCAAAGCCUCCAUCAUCGUACAUGCAUAUCCCGACCUCCAUGCGCGUGGAUACCUGCGCUGACUCUGCCUUUUGCCCUCCUCCAUGCUAUAACAAUCCCUCCCUCUUGCUAUCCCCUCACACCCACAAACCAACAGAUGCAUGGAACAGCCCAUUUUCUCACGCUCAAUUUUGA